AUGUUCACCUGCGGCCACCUCUCCCUUCUCUACGUCGACCGUUGCAUCACCGCCUUUAAACCCGGCAACGAGGCUUGCACUCCCUCCGCCGACACAGACCAUGACCCUGAAGCCUUCAAAGAGCAGCUCCGCCAGGAAGCCCGCACCUCGUACUUCGCCUGCUUCGACUGCCUCGAGGCCGAGGGACUUACCGAACUGCGAGCCGCCGCUGAAGUCGCCGCCGCGAAGGAAAAGGAUCCUGAUAAGCGCGAUGUGAUCCUCGUCAAGAUGGCCCGGUAUGAGGAUAGAUUGGUCAAGGUGGAGGCGAAUCGCAAGGCUGCGGAGGUUGGGGUAAAGGUCGAGCGGGAGCAGGACCGCGCUGAGGGGGAAGUCCUAAAGGCUGAGAAGGAGCAGGACCGCGCUGCGGCGGAAGCACUGAAGGUGGAGAAGGACCGCGCGGCUAAGGAAGAGGGUGCGUGGAUCGAGGCGCCUGCUCGGGGGAGCGCGCGGAAGAAGAAGGGGAAGCAUGGGCGGGUAUUCCAGAACCCGACGCAGUCCGCGCCGCCGACGCCGACGUUUGGGAUGGGCGUCGAGGGCGGUGUUGGCGGACGUGCGGGCAAGAUGGGGGAGUUCAGGAAGGAUGAGCCGAAGAGCGCGAAUGAGGUUGACGCUGGGAGUAGGGCUGAAGCUUGGCCGAAGAAGAUCCUGACGAAGGGCGAGAAUCAGCGGGAGGGUGCGUGGAGGAAGUGA